GCAGCGCUGGGCCGCGCCCCUUGCCCGGUUCCUCAGUGAGCGGGGCCGUCCGGUACCGGCCCGUCCUCCUGCCCCUACGCUUCUAAGCACCCUGUUAGUCCCGACGGUGCCUUUUUGCGAACCCCUGGGGUGGGCUGAGUGUAAAGGACCCGGUUUGUGCCGGAUUCAGCUGCAGCUUAAAGUCAUUUCGGGAGCUCCGGGCUUCCCUGAGCUGAGGAGCCUCUCCGUAGCGCUUGCCGACAGCCCUGAAUGAAUAGCGGUACCGGUGAGCGACUUCUGGAAAGCUUUCUCAAGUGUACUGCUGUCAGAAGUUUGGGGGAAGGCAUAACGUGUGAAUUAUCUCGUUGUUUUUCCUUUCAUAUUGCCAGAUCGUUUGGCUUGCCCGUGUGGGAAGGUUGGCCACUUCUGAAGCCGCAGGGAGCUGUGGUUUGGUGCAGCGUGGGCUGACGAUACAGAGGACAGCACAGGAAUAUGGCUUUGGGGUUUGACCCCAGCCCUUACCAGUGGAUAACCUGCUUGUGAAAGUUGCAGUGUGGUUUUUACCCCUUGCCUGCUGUAUCCACGCACUAGAUUUUUGUAGCGUUGCUUUCCUCAACUCUAGAGGCAAAGGUCCUUCAUGGGAAGGAUUUGAGUGUCUGGCUGCUUGUUUUUUUUUCUUGGGCAAUGCAAAACUUACUGGUCUUUUGAAUGUUUUUUAAGUAAAUUUGUUCUCAGGGUUUGUUUAAAAAAUUGUUUUUCUCUGUUGUGGAAAGUCAGGCCUUUUAUACCCCAGAUGAACAGACACACUGGCUGCAUUGAUCCCUUAACCUGACGCUCGGAUGCAAACGUUUCCUGCUGGUAAGCAGGCUGCUUAGUGAGAACUUCAGAGAUUUUCCUGGACGCCGGCCUUUUUGUGGGGAGGAAAGUGCCUGGCAGAUGUGUAGGGUGACUUGGGGGGUACAAGGAGCUGCAGUUAACUCCGCUAAUGGUGUGAACGAUCUCCUUGAUUUUUAAAUGAUAGCUCUGCAGAGGGUUUCGGACACGUUAUAAGCGAUUACGCUGCCAGAGAGAGGGCUGUCAUAAUGAGGCUAUUGCAGUUUGCCUAAAAAUUGUUGCACUCUUACUGGUGUGUGUUAAAUCAUAGGGGUUGGAAGUAACCUCCCGCGUGUUAUGUUAUUGUUCCCCCACUGGUUUGCAGGAUGGGCUUUGUUUUCACGGAACCAUCGCUAACACAGCUUUAUUUUUGAGCAUUUAAUUUUAUGCUUCUAGGUAGUGCCUGUAAGUCGUGAUGAUCUCGCAUGCUCCAGACAUACCUUCCUAUGUGUCCAGGGUGGACUUUUUCCAAUCUUCAAGUCCCACAGGCAUAUAAUCCCUUCAUAUUUUUGAAUUUCCAGCUCCUCGUUACUAAAUUGGAAAGUGCUGUCUGGGCUUUGUGCUGGUAAUGUUGGAUUUCCGAUAAAAAUGCCCUCACACUGGGUCGAUAAGCAGUUUGUGAUCCAGGGCAUUUCACUGCCAGAGUUGUGGCACGGAAGUGAAGCGUGUCUCCUAUUGUAGUGACUUUGAAAAUAUGAGGUUAGAUUCCGUAUUUUCCAAGGAUGUUUUGUGGGGGCAGGCUUGGCCACCCGCAUUUCAUUUCUUUGCUCUUAGCCUUCAGUUUGCGCGCUACCGGUGAGCGACUGUAGCAAUCCCACCGAGAGUUCUGUUUGUUCUGCAACAGCAUACGAAAAACACCAACCUCUGUUGCUGCAGACGGUUGUUUUGGCCACGGGCUGUUACGGUGCGAGGCCGUCUGCUGCAAACCCGCUCUCGGUAACCCCCGUGCUGAAGCGUGUGGGUGCUGUAGGUCCACGUGAAGAACAGCUACAUUUCAGCGCAGUGCUGAGGCUGGCAGCUAUGGCUGCAGCUGCAAAAACAGCAAAUUUUUUUAAAUAUUUUUUUUUUUUUAAAAGCAGGUUGCUUGGUGGUUUCUUCAACAGCACUUCCCUGACUCUACCACCCUCUUACUGCUCUGUGUCCGUCUCCCAGCUCUGCUGGCCGUUGGUCCGGAUGCUGAAGGGACACUUGUUUGGUCUCCUAGAAUUGGUAGUGUCCUCACUGCGUGAUGGAAUGAGCCCCAAAGAAGAGAAGGACCUUGCUUUAGGUGCCCCAAAAAGGCACAGAUGAGACAAACAAGUCACCAACUGCUGGUUAUGCAACUCCCGGUCUUCCCGUUGAAUUUUAAUCCUCCCGGGCCACCCUGGGGGAGGUUCACGUUGGGCUUCUGGUACUGUGGGGAAGCAAAGGCCAAGCAGAUGAGCUGUUUCACUUGGGGCUGCAUAGAGAGUUAAUCCCAGGCCAUAAACACAACGUCAGCCUUUCUGGCUCGCAGACGUGUGCUUAAUUGAACAGCUUAUACAAUUACACAGAUACAAUCUGAACCACCUGGAUGUUGAGGGUGUUUUGCCCAGAAGGCUGUUCCUUUCUGGAUAAUCUUCCGUGGAAAGCAGUGGAUACGCCACUUUCCAAAGUCCUUUGAAGCCUUUGGGACAAAAUCAGGAGGAAAUGACAAACAAUCUUCUUUUGGCCCCGGGAGGGAAGUGGGAUGGAUGGAUAAAGCAGUUUUCAUUCUCAUUUCUGUGACCAAGACUGAUGCGUUCGUCAUUCCUUGCGCAAUUUGUCCAAACCCCUUUUGAUUUGUUUUCCUCUUUCUAUCCCUCAGUCGUUCCUUCUGUUUACACCAUCUACAUGGGAAAAGAUAAGUACGAAAAUGAAGACCUAAUAAAGUACGGCUGGCCUGAAGAUAUCUGGUUUCACGUGGAUAAACUCUCUUCCGCGCAUGUGUACCUUCGCUUGCACAAGGGGCAGACGGUGGAUGACAUUCCUAAAGAAGUUUUGAUAGACUGUGCCCAUCUAGUGAAGGCGAACAGCAUUCAAGGUUGCAAGAUGAACAACGUCAAUGUGGUGUACACGCCGUGGACUAACCUGAAGAAGACUGCAGAUAUGGAUGUGGGGCAGAUUGGCUUUCACAGGCAGAAGGAUGUGAAAAUGCUGACAGUGGAGAAGAAGGUGAAUGAGAUCCUGAACCGGCUAGAGAAGACAAAAGUGGAGCGCUUCCCAGACCUGGCUGCUGAGAAGGAAGCCCGGGACAGAGAGGAGAGAAAUGAGAAAAAAGCCCAGAUCCAGGAGAUGAAGCGGAAGGAAAAGGAAGAGAUGAAGAAGAAGAAAGAGCUGGAAGAACUUAGGAGCUACUCGUCGUUAAUGAAGGCUGAGAACAUGUCCUCCAAUCAGGAUGGCAACGAUUCAGAUGACUUUAUGUAAAUAAAGUCGCUCUCCUUUCUCAGUCGUGAGGUGAUUUGGGAUGUCUUAAUAUGUCACCGUCGCUAAGAAUGCCAAAAAAAAAAAACAAAACUCCAAGAGCGAACUCUGACUCCAUUUCUUCAGAACCUGGUUGGUUCUCCUGGCGACCUGCCCAGCUCCGUGCCAUGGACAACGUCGGAAGGGAGAAGAUCUCUACGCCUGCACAUACAUCUCCUUCUUUUCAGGGAUGUGAGUGGAAGGAUGCAGAAUUGACUUUCAGGUCUAUAAAGACAAUAUUUAUUCUAGGGAAGGGGGUCGGUGUAGCUUUUAAUCCAACGAGAUUUAAGGAAAAGAAAACAAAUCGUGCUGCCUCGCCGCCGGCCCGGCAGCGGAGCGUCUCCCAAGCGGUCGCCAUUAGCUCGGUGUCACCGGUAGGUAAACGAACGCGACGCUGCCGACGGCGUAACUCUUCUCUUCGCGCUGGCGACGGUCAGCAAGGCUGGGGGGGAUCCCUCUGCAAUUGGGGGAUGUGAAUUUGGACGGGCUCACAGCUGCUUUGCAGCCCUCCCCAGCCCUUGCUGCUGGUAAAUCUGGUGGCUCCUCAUUAAAUACCGAGCUACAGACGAUGAAGGCUGAGCUCGGCUCUUGUUGCAGCCUCCGUGAGCGUGUGACCGCGGGCUGCGGUCUGUGCCUUUAGCACAGAACGAGAACAGCCCCACAGUGCAUUUUCUUUUAAAUUACACUCGAUUCCUGGGCUAUUCCUUGGAAACUUUCUCUGGAGAGAGAAGUUUGGGAAGAAGAGUUGAGUUUUGCGCAGCGUCUACCCCCAUCCAGGCCAGAGCUCUUGCCUGAGCGCUCGCGUGGAUAAGGUGGCAAUCCUUGCAGCCCCUGUGUAUAUGUCACGAUUAAAUUCAU